CUAAACCUUGGGCGAUUGCUUUGGUGCUAGGGCUUCCCACAGUGCCUUUGUUGUUUACAGAAAUAUUCAGUGGGAUUGUAGAAGGACGCGUUCCGUGACCAACAUAUUGUGUGAGCGAAAUUAAAGCUUGUAGCACUGCCGUACGAUGAACAACAAGGAUCGCUACAUAAUUAACACCAAUUUGGAUAAGCUGGUGAACAAUACCAACUACAAUGCAUUACGUUCUGAGUGUAUACAACGAAAUAUGCUAUCGCAGACAAUGGCGUCUCGGAUUGAGAGUAUGGCUCAAGAUGAGAUAACCAGGCAUAAAAAAUUGUUUGAAAAAAUCACCAAACGCGGCCCGAAAGCUUUCGAUACGCUGUUGAACAUAUGCCAGCAGAUGUUUCCAAAGGCGUAUUCUAUACUGAAACCUUCCUCGAACGACCAUCAAAUGCAUUCCACACACAAUCCACAAAGGGUACGAUCGGUGAGCUGCAAUGUGGCCCCAAAGGCGUACUCGUUUCGCGGUCCGGGUGAUGUAGAGGAUGGCAAAAUGAACAAUAUCGCGUCGAACGCGCUGGUCGAAGAGAGCAAAUGUAUGCUGGAAGUUUAUCCCGAUAUACUGCCAACCACGUUUUCUGUGAAGCUUUCCAACGGACCGUCGGAAACACACCCGAAAGUGCCGGCAUAUCCGAUGAAGAGUCGCAAUCGGGGCGUUGCGUUCAUUGUGAACGUGAUUACGUUUUUGAAAGAUGUACAUCCCAAACGCAACGGGGCAGAUAUCGAUGGAAGGAACUUGAUUUCUAUAUUCCAACAGCUGGGAUUCGUUGUGUUUUAUUACGAGGACAUUACCAUGGCUGAUUUAAAGGAACUGUUGGUGCAGUUGAAAGAUUCGGAGCACUUGUCCUGCGACUGUUUCGCCUUCUACAUCCUUUCGCACGGUGACCACAGGAAAGGCAGCGACUACAUUUUCCUGCACGAUAAUUCGAUCCUACGCGUCGAAGAUCUUUUGACCGAGUUCAAUACGGUCAACUGCACCAGAUUGGUACGCAAACCGAAACUGUUUUUCAUUUCAAUAUGCCGCGGAGUUCAAUCCGAUUUGGGACUGUAUCGUUUGUCAACGAACACGGAGCGCGAUGGUAUGAUCGACUCGAGAAAACCUUUACCUUCCAAUAUUGCCACAUACUGCGACAUGCUCGUGUGCUAUGCUACUGUGCCUGGUUUUGCCGCCCAUCGAGAUACCAACACGGGGUCAUGGUUUGUCGAGAGUAUGUGCAAAAUCUGGUCCGAGCAUGCACACGACACGGACGUGGAGAUCCUGAUGAAGCUGGUUGGUGAAUAUGCUGCCACUUACCGCACAGAGACGGCUGCGUUACAAACCAUCUGUACGGAGCAGAGAGGAUUUUUCAAGCAACUUUACCUAAACCCAGGCUAUUAUGAGCUCCCGUCGGAAUUGUAAUUGUAAGUUAAUUGACAUGAUGAUGAGUCACGUGGAGGACUACUCAUACCAUCUUUUUCUUUUUCGUAUGAUUUAUUUUUUCAAUAUCUGCUAGUGCCUUAUAUGAUCAGUAAAUAAUAUUUCAGAUGAAUAAUUUAAUUGUUUGCUGCCAAGAAACAUGAAAGUAUUACGAUGUAAGACAGGAUAGUAUUAUCCUACUAAACUAUGAACUACUUUUUUUAUUAUACAUUAUCACGCCAAGUACAGUGCUGGAAGCUGUUCGUGUAAUCUCCAUUUCGAUAAAAGUUCUUUGACAUAAAGAAAGGGUAGUACAAUAAACAUUUAUAUCUUUUCAACUA